AUGGAUCAAGCAGAAGAACUUUGUGCAGACAGGAGGAAAGGCUUCCCCUCACUGGACAAAAAAAAGAGCAGUGGCUGGAGAACCGUGGUGGGAUUUUUGUGCCUGUUCCCUGUGGUGGCUCUGCUGGCGGUUGUGGAAUAUCCAGCUGGAGCUGCAGUUCAGGAAAGUCAGGAAGAUGCCACAUCCCCUGGCCUGCACAGAGAGGGUUCCUCAGCUUCACAAAGCCCAGCUUUCCCUCGUCCUCCAGCGCGGAGAAAACGCUACACCAUCACCCCGGGGCACUUGAGAUGGGACCACUUCAACCUGACCUACAAAAUCCUGUCCUUCCCGAGGAACCUGCUGAGCGCCAGGGACACGCGCCGGGGGCUGGCGGCCGCGUUCCGCAUGUGGAGCGAGGUGUCCCCGUUCAGCUUCAGGGAGGUCCCCCGGCACCUCCCCAGCGACCUCAAAAUCGGCUUCUACUCCAUCAACCACACGGACUGUCUGGAGUCCCUCACCCACCACUGCUUCGAUGGCACCACGGGGGAACUGGCCCACGCCUUCUUCCCACCCCACGGAGAAAUCCACUUCGAUGACCACGAGUACUGGAUCCUGGGGAACACCAGGUUCAGCUGGAAGAAAGGUGUUUGGCUGACAGACCUGGUCCAUGUAGCAGCUCAUGAAAUAGGCCAUGCCUUGGGCCUGAUGCACUCCCUGAACCCCAACGCCCUCAUGCACAUCAACGCCACCCUGACUGGGAAAAAGACCAUCUCCCAGGAUGAGGUGUGGGGAAUCCACAGGCUUUAUGGCUGUAAAGACAGAUUAUUUAUGUGCCCAGCAUGGGCAAAAAAAGGCUUCUGUGAGAAGCGCAGGAAGCUGAUGAAGAAGCACUGCCCAUCCACCUGUGACUUCUGCUACGAAUUCCCAUUUCCAACGGUGCCCCCGACUCUGCCCCCGCCAAGGACCAAGACCAAGACAGUUUCUGAGGGCAGGAACGUCACCUUCCGCUGCGGGCAGAAGAUCAUCCACAAAAAAGGCAAAGUCUACUGGUAUAAAGAUAAGGAGCUUCUGGAAUACUCAUAUCCAGGUUAUUUAUCCUUAAAUGAAGAUCACAUGAGCAUCAUUGCAAAUGCAAUUAAUGAAGGAACUUACACUUGUAUAGUGAAGAAAAAAGAAAGGAUCCUGACUACUUAUUCCUGGAGAAUCAGACUGAAGCACUGACAAGGCCCUGGAAUGAGCUCCUUCAGUUCCUGCUAGUUCUGUUUCAAAUUGUUUCUUUGGCAUUUUUUUAUAUUUAAUUUCCAGUAGUGCAACUGAACUUCUCCAUCAGCUGCUUCCUCACCCUGGGCAAAAGAGACUCUUGAGACUGGUUACUGGAAUGUAAAACUCUCCCAUAUUAGUUUUAAUGACAAAGAAUUUAUCAACUAGGUGCUGUACAGAGAAUUAAAAAAAAAACAACAUUUUUUUUUUUUAAAGAAAAGCGUCA